GGUUGCUGCGAAUGGAGACCCGCCCUAACCGAAUCCUAACCACCCACCAUUUAUAAAGAACUAUUAUGAGAAACGAUUGUUCGAAAAACAGACAAGAGAGGAAUUUUCAGAAGAAUUUGCCUGUGAAGGGCCACCAAAAAGCCAUGAAAGUCUAUCGAUAAUGGAAUUUAUCGUUCCAACUUAAAUGAGUUCGUCGAAAUCAGGAAAAAAGCGACUGAUGUAUUUUGCAAUUGAAAGGCUUUUAAAAAGUAGUAAUUAUGGAAGGUGCUCAAUCGUUGUAUCUUAACCUCUUCAGCGAGGAUAAAGUUCAUGCUUUGAAGGAAUUACUACAUGCUUGUGUGGAUGAAAUAUGUGGUCGGCCAGGCCCAUCCUAUCACAAAUUUGCAAAUAGUGUAGACUGGAACAGAGAAGAGUAUGAAGAAACAUACAAAUUGAUAUCAAUACUAUUAAGAAAUCCUGCUUGUUUAUAUCUAGUAGAUGAAAAGAUGCCUCAGGAAUAUCAUGAAUUGCCAGAACCCAUUCAGCAAAAUAUACUAACAUGUUUGAAAGCACGAAGAGAACAACUAACAAAUGCUUUGUUGAAAGAGUACUCCAAAGAAAAGCAUGAAACAUUAACAGACUUUGACUGGAGAUUAAAGCUUGUAAUGGGUUCAAGCAAGUUGGCUACUUUAAGAGAAUCUCUUCUUCAACUGGAUCUUAUGGUUGAAAACAAGGAAACAAAACGUAUUCUGGGUUUGGAACUGAACAAGGAUGAACUAGAAACUUUCAUUAAUGUCAUGGAAACUAUCGUGACGCAAUAAUUUCGUCGAGACCAGUAAAAUAAUUGAUGAUUAAUUUCAGCGUUAUCGUUAAUGUACGUUGUGCGUAUAAUUGUAACGAGUGGCUUGAAAAAUGAAAUAAAGACACAUGAUUUUUACAC